AGGGCCUGUCUGCUUCCUGCAAUAGAAAGUGAGAAAGGAGCUAAAGGGAGAAGGAGACCGAACCUCUUCAUUCCUGGAGGUGUUGCUCACCGCGACCCGGUUACAUAGAUCGUUGUUUGGCGUUCCUGCACGUGUUUCCCGCAGACGGAGCGCUCUUGCAGCUUUAGGUGGUGAGGACAUGCUUCCACCGUGAGAAUCGACCUCCAGGCUGCUGUGCGGUCCGGCGCAGCCCGGCGGGAAGGGAGGCGGGCGGUGCACACAGACUGUCUCUGGAUGCUCCCAGACUGUGGCUCCGGAGCCCACCUGUGACGCCCUGAAAAACAUCCAUCAUGCACCUGUGAGAGGUCCAGGGAAGAUGCCGCGCACCAAGCAGAACCACCCCAAGAACCUGAAAGAUAAAAUUGAAGAGGCGCAGAAGCAGCUGAAGGAGCCCAAAGCUACUCAGAACACUUCGAGUGCUCUAAGGCCUGUCGACAACAUAAAAGGCCUGAAGAGGAAAAAGGUUGUUGCAGAGAGUAAAAAACUCCCAAAGUCUCCUGUGAAAAAGCCGGUGCAGUCAUGUGAGCCCGAUGUGCACUCAUCGCCUACCAAGGAAACCACACCCUCCUCGUCCAGCCCCUCACACAACCCUCCAUCGUCACCCAACGGGAAGGAAGAACCACAGCAUGUUGAACCAGUUGCAGUAUCCCUGGAUGAGGGGUCCCACUCCUCUGAGGCUGAGGGGGUGAAGCAGGAGAAAGCGUCCACUCAGCCAACACCACAAGAGCCGUCAGACUGCAAGAAAGCUGAAGAGUCUCCACGUGAAGACAGCAAAACCCCAGUGGGCAGCUUUAAAGGGGGUUCUUACAGCAGCAGUGCUCCUUUGGAAGUUCUUCUGAAAGCCAUGGAGCCUGACUUCAGCACUCUGGCAGAUAGAGACCUCUCUGUGUUGGCCACAGGCAUCAGCAAACCAGCUGCAUCGCUUCAAGCGCAGCUCAGCGGAGAAGUAACAGCACUGCCAGCCGUCAGUGUUGCUCUCCAGACCCAACCCUCCCAAAUGCAGACCUACUACAUUGACAAACAAGGCAAUUUCUUCGGCAUUGCAGCUCCGCUGCAGGGAGCAGUGCAACCUUUAACACAGGGUACUGGCCCACUCACUGCAUCUCAUUUACUGCCUAUUUCAUCAAAUGUGAAGCAAGGCUUGCACAUGAACUUCAGCAGUGGACCGUCCGCUGUAAGUCACACCCCGGCCCCUUCAGGCCCCAGUGCUUUGCCCCAAAGCCAACCGCCAGUUGUCCACACAUGCCAAUCCAUCUCUGCCAGCGUCCCCAGCACCAUUCAGGUCCCGGUCACGCCCGGCAGCAGCCAUGUGCAGAUGACCACUGUCAUGAACAUUGGUGCUGAGCAGACAUCAAAGGAUCAAAAACCUAAAAAGCCAGGAAAGUACGUGUGCGAAUACUGCCAACGGGCGUGUGCAAAACCCAGCGUGCUGCUCAAACACAUCCGAUCUCACACAGGAGAGAGACCAUAUCCCUGCGUCACUUGUGGCUUCUCCUUCAAAACCAAGAGCAACUUGUACAAGCACAAGAAGUCUCACGCUCACGCUAUAAAGCUGGGUAUGAUCUCCCGUUCUGAAUCUGGAGGGGGGUCUUUGUCUACAGAAUCUGACAAAGCUGUUGGAGCACAGUCAGAGGUUGAAGAGAGCGGGGACAGUGAUGAUGAAGGUAGUGCCGUAGACCUGGAACCUGAGUCCUCACAGAGUAGCAUAGCUCCAUUAUCUGAUUGCAGUUCACAGAAUGUAACACCAUUGGAGACAGAUGUAUCCAUUAAAUCCUCCCCAGGUCGAAGGGCUCAUGAGCCCAAAGUCCCUACUGCACUCCCUAAAGUUGUUGUGUACCCGGUUAACGUAUCGCCUCUGAGGGCAGACAGUCCAAGAGUGGCCGGUGCUGCACCUGAACAAGCUGCUGCACAGCGUCAGCGAGAGUUUCAGGCCACCAGACCCAACGUCACAGUCCUGUCUUCUCUGAAGGAGGUGGACGGCACAAGUGGUUCCUUGGAUGCAGUGAGCGAGGACGAAGAGCAGCAGUGCAAGUCUCCUCUGCUGGGGAGUCACGGUCAGCUUCAGCGGCAGCAAGCAACAGACUACUCUCAGCAGCAGCAGCCCAAAUGUUUACUCAGUCCUCGCAGUCUGGGAAGCACCGACUCCGGCUACUUCUCUCGGUCUGAAAGUGCUGACCAGGCCAUGAGUCCCCCCAGCCCCUUUGUGAAGAUAACUCCACCAGUAGAUGCUGAAGUUGCCAAAAGCGUUCCUCUCAUCGCGCCUCCUGUGGUUUCCACAGUCAUGCAUGUAGCAGCUGACCAGAGAAUGCGACCAAGCGAAAAAGUUAUACGACACCCACUAGAGCCAAGCGCCCGCUCUCUGGAAGAGCGCAUCUCAAAACUCAUCUCGGACAAUGAGGCGGUGGUGGACAACAAACAGCUGGACAGUGUAAAGCCACGCAGAACCUCUCUGUCGAGGAGAGGCAGCAUUGACUCCCCCAGAUCAUACAUUUUUAAAGACUCAUUUCAGUUUGAUCUGAAGCCGAUGGGGAGAAGGUCCAGUUCAAGCUCUGACAUCCCCAAGUCUCCUUUUACGCCCACAGACAAGUCAAAACAUGUGUUUCUCCUAUCAGUUCCUAAUCAGUACCCACCAAUGGACUGUCUACCGAUCACAAGGAGUAACUCAAUGCCCACAACGCCCGGACACUCAGUUCCCCCACCCAGCAUCAAUCCAGUGCCCCGACCUUUAAGGGGCUGUCAGUCAUUUGAUGAAAAGAUUAGUUCUUUGAAUGAUGAGGUGUUCUUGUCAGCACCACCAACCCCAAAUCCCGCAAUACACUCUCGAACUUUAGUCAGACAAAAAGCUGUGGACGACUUUUCAACUAGUGAGGGGCACAGCCUGGUGGCUGUUCGGUCAAUGGAUGAGGGCUACCAUGGGCACAGCAGCUUGGUUGAGCAGAUGCAGAGGAGCAGAUCGUUUGAACACGGGCAGGACCGAAGCAGGAGGCCUCAGCAGAACAAAGGCACCAUGUAUGAGUGCGAGACUUGUCGAAAUCGGUACAGGAAGUUGGAGAAUUUUGAAACCCACAAAAAAUUCUACUGCUCAGAACUUCAUGGUCCCAAGAACAAGCCUUUGGUGGUGAAGGAACCAGAAGAAGAUGUUUUCCAUGUCAACACACAGCAGCACAUACCAAGCGGCACUGGUGCACUAGACCAACAGACGUCAAUCAGAAAGAGAAGGAAAAUGAAAAGUGUAGGUGAUGAAGAUGAUCAGUCUCCAACUGACACCAUUCCACCAUGUUUAGUUGGUUGUGAGGCGACAACAACUCUGCCAAACAAGAAUUUUUCUCAGACUGGGCUCAUAGUAGACAUCCAACCCAACAGCCAAUCAAAGCCUCCUCAGAUCCAGCUUGUAGCACGAGGUAUGAACACGGCAGAGUCCAGACUGUCUCCCAUUCAAGAGAUGAAUAUCAGUGGUGCUGCUAAAGGAGACCUUCAGAGGCAAGGCAGUGGCACAUCAGUCAUCAGACACACCAAUUCUCUGAGCCGACCCAACUCAUUUGAGACGGACUCCCUUGAUAGAGUAUCUCCUGAUGUUUUGGAGAAAGAUCAAAUGAAAAGUCCACAGUUAGAUAGAUCUUCUGGAGUCUCAACUGAUUCCUACCAGGAAAAAGCUUUCAAACCUACAUGUGACGAGUACAGGAAACUCGGGAGGGAGUAUAGCAGCGAUAGUAUGAGUGCUGCAAGCUCAACCCCAGUCAAUCAGUCUCGUCUUGUACGACAAAGCAACAUCCUGGUUCCUGAGAUUCUGGUAACAGAAGACUCAGACAGGGAGCAUGAACCUAACACCAGUGAGCCGGCAGACAAGCCUGCAGAACAAUUCAACUGGCCCCAGAGAAGUGAGAGUCUGUCCAAGUUACCAGCUGAGAAGCUCCCCCCUAAGAAGAAAAGAAUUCGUCUGGCUCAAAUGGACCAGUCGUCAGGUGACUCCAGCUUUGAGUCCAGCUUCUCGCGAAGCCUUAGCAGGGACAGCAGCCUCUCUCGAGGCUCCAGCAUCUCAGCCUCCUUUGACCGAGAGGAAACAAUUCGAUCAGAGAGUCCAUCCAGAGGGGAAGGUAAAACUCCAGAACCUCAGAGUUUACCAGUGGCGCUCAACACCCUUGGGGUGCCUGGAAUGAUGAGGCGUGCCGCAUCUGAGCAGAUCACUUGCACUCAGCCAUCGGUGGAGAUUUCGUGUGAUUAUCGAAGCAAGUCUUUUGACUGCGGCAAUGUGCCUCCAAGACGAUGUCUGUCACCCAUCGGUCAACCCAAAACUGGACAGGUCGCACAGGUGCCACUGAUUGAGAGAAGGCGGGGACCACUUGUUCGACAGAUGUCCUUAAAGAUUGGCCCGGAGAGUCAGCAGCCUGUUCGGAAAUCUGCCAUUGGCACUUUAGACAAAGCCCUGAUUGCUAACGUCAGCUCCCUCGGUCAGUACAGAUCCCAGCAAAUUAAUAUUGUAAGCAGGCGUGCCCCAGUGGCGUCCGCCAUCCUAAACACAGCGGAGCCACCGCUGCAACAACACGAGCAACUGGUGCAAAGCAUUAAUCUGGGCAGCCCCACCCAGCAGCAACAAGUCCAUGGUUUGCCACACCCCUGGUACCAAACGGCAAAGGUCCAGUUUAGUCAGAAGGUACAGCAAGCUCUCAGCAAGACAUCAGUUUGUGGUGAAAAUCUUCAAGAUAAACCAUCUGACUUUGAGAAAAAUAAAUCCUUUGUGCCCAAAUACCAACUCCAGUGUCCCAGCCAAACCUUUUCCUUCUGUACGCAGGGGACUCAGAUCGCUUUGCCAAUUUUAACUAUUCCAAUUGCCAAUCCGAUCCUGAGCAUUUCCAAAUCCUCAGACAUCAUCCAGAAUGUCUUUGUGGCCAGUCAGCAGACGUCCGAUGUGAAGACCCAGACUGUUGUAUUUUCAAGUAAACAGCAGAAGGAGCCGUUGGACCAUAGCCAAACGGGCACUGCUUCGUUGCCGCAGAUCCUGAUCACCCAUGAGCAGAUGCACCAAUCCUCUUCUCAGUCCAGUAAGCACUACCAGUUGUCCACUCAGAGUGCAGAGGUCCCACAUGACCGGACUCAAACUGCAGCAGUUCCUGCCCCACACACAGCAGACCAUUCAUCCCUGGGUUCUCUGCAGUGCAUGCAAAAACUAGCCUCUGUGACAUUGUGCCCACAACAGGAACCCGCUGCUUCCAGCAAGCGCAUGUUGUCACCAGCCAACAGUUUGGACAUCUACAUGGAAAAGCACCAGAAACGUGCCAAGGACGAGCAUGGUGUAGCCUGCUUGACAGACGGUAGGUCGGCCGGUUACCUCAACUCAAAGAUAUCCGAGGUGUCACGCCAGAGAAAGCUAAUGCUGGUGAGACAGGUGUGUACGACUGAACCGGUGGACAGUCCCAUUGAGACAGAGGCCCCACCCCUGCCUGAUCUCAAACCUAACGAGGAGAAGAACUCUGAGGCUGAUGAUGGAGUCAAGCCCAUGUCUCCUGAUGCGGUAGGCGUAGAAAAAAGCAGGGCAAAGGAAAUUAACGAGAAGAAAGAUCCGGUCAUAAACACUACCUCCCUGCCUCCUGACAACAGUCUGAAGCCCCAGGAGAAAUCCGAGGAGCAGAGGUGGACCCCGGCCAAAUCCCUGAUACGGCCCUCCAGCUUCCAUGCAGGUCAAGUGAAACUGACCACGUCUGUGUCAGCGGUGAACACCAAGGAAGCCCACCGGCUGUCUUUCCCCAGCCUGAAGACCACCACCACCUUCACAUGGUGCUUCCUGAUGAAGAGGAAGCCUAUUCACAUGCAGCAGACUGACCUGAAAACCUCAGCAUACGCUGCCUGGACCGUCAGUACAGAUAACUCCAAUCCCCUUGGGCUGCCCACCAAGGUGGUCUUGUCUCUUUUUGACUCCAAGCACAGCUCUAGGAAGAUCCACUACACCUCCGCCAUAAGGACCAGCAGGGAGUCUGACAUCCUGUCCUUCUCGGGCAAGCUGAAGGACGUCAUGCUUAAAAUGCCAGCAUCCCAGAAGUCUGUGUCGUCUGAAACCAGAUGCAAACCACAACCAGAACCUCAGACCAGCCAUGAUUCGGAGAAAGAUGCGCCGCUGUUGUCCGAGCCGCGGCGCGUCAAAAUAUUUGAUGGCGGGUUCAAAUCUAAUGAGGAGUAUGUGUACGUGCGCGGCCGUGGGCGGGGCAAGUACAUCUGCGAGGAGUGUGGGAUCCGCUGCAAGAAGCCCAGCAUGCUGCGCAAACACAUCCGCACCCACUCGGAUGUGCGACCAUUCCACUGCGUCCACUGCAACUUCUCCUUCAAGACUAAAGGAAACCUCACCAAGCACAUGAAGUCCAAGGCCCACAGGAAGAAGUGCAUGGAGACGGGGGUGCCUGAGGGUGUGAUGGAGGAUCAGGAUGCGGAGGACUCUGGAGACCGGAGUCAGCUGAGCGGCGCCGACCGCCAGGAUUCCGAUGGUGAUGACUCGGACGGCCCAGACGAUGACGACAAUGAUGAAGAGGAGGAGGACGACAGUCAGGCGGAGUCUGGCCUGUCCACCAACCCGUCUGUGUCUGCCAGCCCCCAGCACCUCCCCUACAGAGACGCAGAGUUUCCCCCCAGCGCACUCCUCGCCCAGAUGUCCAUCAGCUCUGUCCCCGCCUCCCAGCCUGCCGCUCCUGAGCCCCCAGCCUCCGAUUUCGCGUCCACCGCGUUCUUCCAUCCGCAGACAUCCGUGUCCUGCAGAGGCUCCGCCCACCUCCCUGCCUCUCCCCCGCCUGCGGUCACCUCAGACUCGUACACUUCAGACCCGGAGUCGGUGCACAUGAUGAGCCCCAUCUCCCCCUGCAGGCAGAUGUCCAUCGAUUACCCUGACUUUGACGGCCCCUUCAGCCCCCCAGCACAGGGAAAGGUCUACAAGCUAGGCCAGGAUCCUCAUGCCCCCCCUUCUACAGCCAGCGCUGAUUCCAACACGCCUGUGGACAGAAGCACGCAGACCUCCUACCCCGCCCAAGUUCCUCCACCCCUGCCCCCGCACACCCAAAUGCAGGCGGUGAGAGCGCAGACCCACCUGUUCAGUCACCUGCCGCUGCACUCGCAGCAGCCGGCCCCCCUUCCCUACAGCAUGCUUCCAGUGGGAGGGAUCCAGCUGCUGCCCGCCGGCCUGGCCACCUUCCUACCGAUCCAGGCUGGCCCGGUCCAGCUUACCAUCCCUGCUGUGAGCGUCAUCCACCGAAAUACCAGCCCGCUGCCACCUCCCAACACGCCCCCCCACCCAGAGAGCCUACAGACUCAUCCAGUGGUGGUCCAGGAGCCACUCAGCAGUGUGGUCCCCUGCUUCCCCCUGGGGCAGGUGGCCGGCCUGCAGGCGCAGACGCUCAACCUCAUGGGACUGACCAACCCUGGCCUGGCUUCAACGCCGCUGUUACCCCCCCAGGGCCUAACGCUUAACGCUGCUCUGGGCCUGCAGGUGCUCGCUGCCAAUCCCAACUCUCAGAGCAGCGCCGGCCCGCAAGCGCACGUCCCCGGCCUGCAGAUUGUCAACAUCGCCCUGCCUGCCAUCAUCCCCUCCCUCAGCCCUCUGUCUGCCCUCAGCCCCCGGCCGGGCUCUCUCGACAUGCAGAGCAGCCCAGAGGCUUCUUCAGCGCCACCUGCUGGCCCUGCCUGGGGUUCUGUGCCACCCAAUCCAGGAGGGUGCAGCCCUUCGAUGAAGCAGACAGUGGAGUGGAACGAGAAAGAGAAACCCCCACCUCAGCGUCCAGCUUCAGCACCCCAAAUCCCCGCUGAGCAUCCAAAAUCGGCACCAGAUCCCCAAGCCGUUGAGCUUGCGGUACCUGUGUUUGAGAACAGCCGACAAACGACCAUCGACGACUACAACGAGGCGUCCAGCGACGAUGAAGACCGUCUGGUCAUCGCCACCUGAGACGGUGGAGCCUCCCCCCCCUACCAUAUUUGGAACUCUGGUCACUUUAUUGAACUGAAGACCCUGCGGGGCUCGCCACCUCAGCAGUCAAAGCACAGAAGCCGUUGUACGUGCAAUCAGACAAUGACAACAAUCCUUUGAGUCUGACUUAUCCAACCCUGUUUUUGUACAUGUUGUAAAAACAAGUGUGCCUUCAUGGAGUUUUUGUUUGGGACACUGUACAUAGUUCUGAGGAGUUCAGUGGUUGUUUUUGUUCAUUUCAGAUGAAAACAGAGUUGAUCACUUUUUAUCUGGGAGGAUCUGUCAUUCGUAAAUGUAUGGACUUCUCAAUGUCGUACUGGUAUAUCUGCAUUUCUAUGGAUUUUGGGGCAAACGUGUACAGAUGUGUUCUAUUUAUUAUGCUCCAUAUAGUGCCCACAAUGAUUCAUAAGUCCACAGGUAUGUGCAUCAAGGUAGCUCUAUGUUGCUGUAUUAAUAUUUACUGUAUGAGUAAACGUUUGUUUAUGAAGCC